AUGCGAGACAACAUCACUGACGCCGCCCCUCCUGCCUCUGAAUCUAAGCCUGAGCCAGCCACCGCACCGGCAGAGGCAGAGGCAACAACGGCACCUUCAGAGUCAACUAAUAAGGAGGCAAAUGAGCCGCAGAAUUCAUUGACUGAACGCUUCACGACAUCAGAGUGGAAUGCUCUUAAGGAGUUCAGGAAAAAAUUACCAGAAAUUUUCGCUGACGGACUCCCUGACAAGCCCGAUGCCAAGUCAGCGGAAAUAACACUUUGGGGUGUCAAAAUUGACCCCGCCGACCCCGUAGACGCGAAAGUCAGCGUCGUUCUCAUGAAAUUCCUCCGUGCAAGGAAUCUCAACGUCAAUGAGGCGCGUUCGAUGCUGGUUGGCACACUGCGAUGGCGCUCCGAGUUUAACGUCGAGGCGGCUAUCAAGGAAGAAUAUCCUGAAGAUAUUUUCGGCUCCCUCGGGCACGUGUAUGGGAAGGACAAGCAAGGCAGGCCGGUCGUGUAUAAUAUCUACGGAGCUAAGGAUAUCAAGACUGCCUUCAGCGACGUUCGACGUUUCCUCAGAUGGCGUGUUGCCCUCAUGGAAAAGAGCUUGGCAUUGCUUGACUUUGAGACUAUGGAUCAAACCGUACAAGUUCAUGACUACGCUGGCGUGAGCCUUUCUAGCCGCGACGCCAACUCCAAGCAGGCCGCAUCGGAAGCUUCUGGCAUCUUUUCCGAUCACUACCCGGAAUUGCUGUACAAGAAGUUCUUUGUCAACGUACCGGGUUAUCUUACGUGGAUCUUCUGGCUUUUUAAACCUCUCAUCUCCGCCAACACCUUGGCUAAAAUGUCAGUAGUUGGUUCGGGAGCCCCGACUAUCGGUAAGGUGCUUCUGCCCAUUAUUGAUGCUAAGGAACUGCCAAAGCAAUAUGGCGGUGAAGCGGAAGGUUUCUGAUUCAUUUUUCAAUACCCUCGUUCUCUUUGUAUACCAUAGUACUUUUAGGUUACCUCCUCUGAUGUUACUUACGCUGGGACUUGCUUAAACUUUUUGUGUUACGAACAAUCUCACCUCUCUUUUGGACACU